UCCGCCUUGGCUUCUCCGCUGUCCCCAGCUUCCGGUUCCGGCGGACGGGAGCGGGUCUCGGUCUCGGUCUCGCUGUCGGUGGGUCCCGGCCGGGCCCGGAGCAGCCGCCGCCGCCAUGUCGGUCCCCAGCGCCCUGAUGAAGCAGCCGCCGAUCCAGUCCACGGCGGGCGCCGUGCCCGUCCGCAACGAGAAGGGCGAGAUCUCGAUGGAGAAGGUGAAGGUGAAGCGCUACGUGUCGGGCAAGCGGCCGGACUACGCGCCCAUGGAGUCGUCGGACGAGGAGGACGAGGAGUUCCAGUUCAUCAAGAAGGCGAAGGAGCAGGAGGUGGAGCCCGAGGAGCAGGAGGACGACUUCGCCAGCGACCCCCGGCUGCGGCGCCUGCAGAACCGCAUCAGCGAGGACGUGGAGGAGCGGCUGGCGCGGCACCGCAAGAUUGUGGAGCCAGAAGUGGUCGGAGAAAGCGACUCGGAGGUGGAGGGAGAGGCGUGGCGCAUAGAGCGGGAGGACAGCAGCGAGGAGGAGGAGGAGGAGAUCGACGAUGAGGAGAUUGAGCGUCGCCGCGGGAUGAUGCGCCAGCGAGCCCAGGAGAGGAAGAACGAGGAGAUGGAGGUGAUGGAGCUGGAGGAUGAGGGCCGGUCUGGGGAGGAGUCGGAGUCGGAGUCUGAGUACGAGGAGUACACAGACAGCGAGGACGAGAUGGAGCCGCGCCUCAAGCCCGUCUUUAUCCGCAAGAAAGACCGGAUCACAGUCCAGGAGCGAGAGGCAGAGGCAGCCAAGCAGAAAGAGCUGGAGCAGGAGGCCAAGCGGUUGGCUGAGGAGAGGCGGAAGUACACGCUCAAGAUUGUGGAGGAUGAGGCCAAGAAGGAGCUGGAGGAGAACAAGCGCUCCCUGGCCGCCCUGGAAGCGCUGGACACGGAUGACGAGAACGAUGAGGAGGAGUACGAGGCCUGGAAAGUGCGCGAGCUCAAGCGCAUCAAGCGGGACCGCGAGGAGCGUGAGGCGCUGGAGAAGGAGAAGGCGGAGAUCGAGCGCAUGCGCAACCUGACAGAGGAGGAGCGCCGCGCCGAGCUGCGAGCCAACGGCAAGGUCAUCACCAACAAGGCUGUGAAGGGCAAGUACAAGUUCCUGCAGAAGUACUACCACCGUGGCGCCUUCUUCAUGGAUGAGGACGAGGAGGUAUACAAGAGGGACUUCAGCGCUCCGACCCUGGAGGAUCACUUCAACAAGACCAUCCUGCCCAAAGUCAUGCAGGUCAAGAACUUUGGGCGCUCCGGGCGGACAAAGUACACGCACUUAGUGGACCAGGACACGACCUCCUUCGACUCAGCCUGGGGCCAGGAGAGUGCCCAGAACACCAAGUUCUUCAAACAGAAGGCAGCUGGUGUGCGGGAUGUCUUCGAGAGGCCAUCCGCCAAGAAACGGAAGACCACCUAAGGGAGCGCCCAGGAGAGCAGCGCACUGCUGGUGCCGGGGUGGAGGUGUGUCUGCUCUGGCCCCCGGCCCCAGCCUGGUCAGUAUGUCGGGGUGGCAAGCACUUCUGCUAUAGACUUUUUCUUCACCAGCACCGAGCCCUGCAAAGGGCUGCACAGACUUCCCACCUGGCUCCUCUGUGGAGCAGCUAAUCUGUGACAGCUGGAGCAGCCCAGCCCAGCCCAUUACCAAGGGGCUUCCCCCCAUGGGGGGCAGCAACUCCCUGCUCCAGUCUGCAGCGGCUGACAGCCCCCUCCUGCCUGGGGACUUCUUGGACUCUUUCCCCCUUUCUAGGCCUUGGCAUUAGAUUUGAUUAAAGUUGAUUUGUUAGAA